AUGGCCAUGUGCAUGAUCCAUGGAUUUGGAACCAGGCAAGAUCGUAUGAUGGCAGCAAGAACCUUGGAGGAACUCGCUCAGGACGGUCACAGUGACAGCCAACUUUGGAUUGGAGAGUGCUAUAAAUGCGGCGAGGGUGUUUCGAAGGACUACGAGCAGGCCUUUCAGUGGUUUAAUAAGUCCGCUGAACAAGGUAAUCCAUACGGGCAGUGGUGGGUUGGUUACUGCUAUCACUGGGGAUUUGGAGUCGCUCAGUUCCGAGGGCUGGCAACGGACUGGUUUCGCAAGUCGGCCGACCAGGGCAAUCGGUAUGGACAAGCCUGGCUCGGCGAGUGCUUCAAGACUGGUCAUGGUAUCGCAAAGAACAACGAAAGCGCUGUGUUCUGGCUUCGUCGAUCUGCCGAUCAAGGGCUUGAGUUUGCCAUCAGCCGCCUCAAUAACAUUGACAAGCGGACUUGA